GUGACGUCGGGGGUGCGUGUCGCGUCCGCCCCGGCAGCGAAAACUUCGUUCGCGAUCGAUGUGUUCCGUGUUCAAAUUGAAUUAUUGUGAACUGCAGUGCUAUUGAUAAAUAACAAGUUCUCGAUACAUGGUUAUAGACAGUUUGACGAACUUUGUAAGAUGUGCCACAGUCACUCGUCGCUCAAAACUAAGCCUAGCUGAUAAACUCCUCGAGAACUCAAUGAAUACAGGCUGAAAAUAAUAACGUUAAUGGUGUGAGAGCCAUAAAAGAGAAAAAAGGGAUUCGAAUAAAGUUUUCAAAUAAAGAACGCACGAAAUUCGAGGCGGCAGUCGCGUAGGCGGCUCCGCGUGGUUCGGUUGUGGCUCGCUGGCGCCGCUGGUGUCUGGUGGCGGGUGCGGGGGCUGCCAGCGCUCAGCGGAGCCCGCUCGGCUGGGCCAUGGGCAGCUCGCAGCGACUAGCCGCGGUGGCGGCCGUGUCUCACGCGAGGCACUAUUACAAUCACACGCAACCCGAUGUUGUACACACGGAGGCCUCCUCGUACAAUAUAAACAUAUUUUUCGUCAGUGUGACGCUAUGUGGGGUGCUGGUAGCAGUAUGUGCUGCGUGCUGGCGCAAGUCUCCAUCAUCAGACAAACCUGAGGAUACCACCGACUGCCACGGAGUAUACACCGUCAGUGGGGACUCCAGGCUAAUACAGGAACAAAUGGAGCUGCCGGGGCCACCUCCUGCUUACGAGACUGUCGUUGAAGGACCCCCAAACAUAAAGGACUGUCCUUCUCUACAGGAGGUGGUGACGGAACCGUGUGUCCGAUGUCAGGCUGGAGUACGUUGCGACAACGAGCUACCUUCGUACGAGGCAGCCGUGCUACUAAGAGAUACCAAGUUAUAAGGCUGGGUCACACCAGCACCACAUCAUAUGGCCUUAGACUUAUGCCUAAGAAGCACCAAGAUAAAUGCCUUGAGGAUAUAGUAGAGGCACCUUAGAGGAUUUUAGCUGAUUACUGGCAUGAGAUUUUCGUCUGAAUAUUACGCUUUUAUGCACGUGUCGAAACUCUAAUUAGCUCCAUAUAAGCCGAUGUGGUUCUAAUUAAAAAUGGCGUUGACGACGUGAUCAGUCAAGAAUCUUGUGCUAGGCCAUCGGUUUUAUACCCCACCAAAUAUUUAAUUUUUAACGAAUCAGUGUCUUAGUACCUAAGUUAAAAAAAUACAUAAUUUGCACCAA